UGACGUCAGUGGCGUUUGAGACGGCGGGUGGAGUGGGGUGCGCGUCGUGCGGAAAUUGUGAAUAUACUGCUCAGUCUGUGAUUGUGCGGUUGGCAAAGUGUGACAUGUCCGACAUGCUGUUUGCGUGCUCUAGGUGUUUUAGCAGACAUCCAUUUGAGGAACUUUCGCAGGGACAGCAGCUUUGUAAGGAGUGCCGCGGGAGUUUCCCCGUGGUAAAAUGCACCUACUGUCGAUCCGAGUUUCAGCAGGAAAGCAAGGGCAGCACGUCCACCAUCUGCAAGAAAUGCGAGCAGAUGGUGAAGGCGCACGGCAAGCCGACCGCCUGCGACUACUGCAACGUCAUCGCCGCCUUCAUCGGCUCGCGGUGCCAGCGCUGCGCCAACUCGGAGAAACGCUACGGUCCGCCGCAGGCCUGUGAACAGUGCAAACAAAAGUGCGCCUUCGACCGCAAAGACCCCGAGGACAAGAAAAAGGUGGAUGCGGCGUCCGGCGCGGAUCCUUCCGGCUCCUCUCCCGACCAAGUCACGGUGGACGGUAAGCUGCUCUGCUGGCUCUGCACGCUCAGCUACAAGCGCGCUCUAGCCAAAACAAAGUCCACCGACCCCGCCCGCCACACCCACGUGAAACUGGGCAAAAACCAGGAGAAACGCAAACCAAAGUACUACGUGUCGAAGCGGCCGGACCGCCCGGACGUCACCCGCCAGCCGCUGGAGGGCUCCGAGCCCAAGAAGGCGCGCAAGGACGAGCAGUCGGACCAUGUGGUGGCCAUGACGCAGCUGAGGGAGGAGAUCGCCAGCCUGCAGCGCCAGCUGCAGCUCAAAAACCAACAGAUGCUCGGAAAGGACAAGGAGAUCUGCGAGCUGAAGGCCAAGAACCUGCGCAACGAGCAGGACAUCCGACGCAAGAUGAACGAUCAGCAGAAGGCACACGAGGCCAAGGUGGAGACGCUGCAGGGCCGCAUCCGCUCGCUCAGCAAAGAGGUGGCGGCGCUCUCCAAGCGCUCCAAGGCGGGCGGCGGCUCGGCGCUGGCCUCGGCCGACAGCGCCAGCAACAGUCCGCUGGUCUGAGCGGCGCCACGCUCUCAUUAGUGACGGCACGUGACACGUGGCACGUGCAGUGUGCCGCCGGUGUGGUCACGCGGCAAUGACUGCGCCUGUUCACAGGUGGUGGCGGCGGCGGAGCACGGGCGGGCGAGCCAGGCCGAUAUAUCAGCAAAGGUACCGUUCCGCGCUGGCUGCCCGGUGUGCGUGUGCGUGGGGAGCGGGGCUGGGGCUGUCUGCCGCGCGCGGCCUGCUCUCGCUGGGUGACUUUCCCUGCUCCCAGGACCCCUUUGUGUCAUUAGUCUGAAUUGGUGUAGGAUGUGAGAUGGUCCGGUGUCUGACGGUUCUAACAGUUUUAUGACGUUUUCCAAAGUGAACCCCCUGUCUCGCUCGGACAGUUUCCGACAAAUCGACGCUGGUGUAAUCUCUGGUACCUUUCUGACUGAAGUGGGACGUUUGUGUGAUGCUUGCUGUCUCUUGGGACGGGCCGUCAUUGAGUAUCUGUGUAAGUCUGUGUGUUUUGUGUGAGUGAAGGCCAGGUGGCUGCUGUGAGUGUGUAUGUGUGAAGUGUGGUGUGUUGUGUGUGAGUGCCGGCUGGGUGGCUGUCCUCUCGGCGUCGGACAGAGCUGGUGGCGGAGGCUAGCAGCUGUUCUAGUUGAUUGUAUUCGGUUUUAGAGGGCCGGCCGGCGGUCCGAGCGACCGCCGUGGCCCCGCUUUAUCGACGGUUUUAACGCGGCCGGCGGCCCCAGGCCGGCCGGCCGCUGUAUGUAGCCGGUAGCGGCUUGUUGUAUUCAUGGUGUCGCCAUGUACUCUAUCGCCAUCUCCUAUCACCUUUACUCGCCGCUCGCUGGGGCGGCGGGUCGCUCUGUGUCGCUGCGGGCGGGCGCCGCUCUAUCAUUGUAGGGAUUGGAAGGCGGGCACCGGUGGCGGCCGGGCCGGUCCCUGUGUCCAUAUCCCGACCGUGAUGUUGACUCGUCGCACAGAUGCAGGCGACAGGCCUGUGGUGCGAUACCCUGAACAACUUCAUAGUCAUACGGGAGAGCUCUGCUUGUGGUCACUUUAGCUAGGCAACGGUGCAGCGAGAGUAGUUGUUAGAACAUUAGCAAAUACUGGUUUUCAUUUGAAUCAUUUGUGUAAUGUAGUUCAGAUGUGAUCCGAUCCUUCUUGAUUUUACUCGUUUUGUUUUGACGAUCGUCCAUGCAUAGUCACGUUGCAGACAUUAAUACAAAUGGUUAAUUUCAA